AUGUUUUCUCUCUUUUUCUUACAUUCUCUUUCAAAAGACUUUUGCUUCCAUAGUGGAGGCGAAGGAGAAUGUCCCGCUGGAUCUAUAGGCAUAAAAGAUAUUGAAGAUAUUUCUUAUAAUAUUAACUCUUCUGAUACUUCUAUCGAUAUCACAGUUAUUAAUACAAUUGAUACACCUUUUAGAUGCAAUUCAACUAAUCAAGCACAUCUACCAGUUAAAAUUACUGGUAUUGGCAAUUCUUACGCUGAAUAUUCAAUAAUUGGUCCUUUAGUAAAUAUUAAUGACUUAUCUAUAUCAAACAUAAACUUAAAAAUCAUUACAAAUGGAAAUAUUAUCAGCUUUGACACGCUAACUCUCUCAGGAGUUUCAUUUUCUUUUUCAUCACCGAAUCAAAUCCUUUAUGCUCGGAAAUUAACAUGCGAUAUUUAUAGUAUGCAAUGUUUCGAUGCAGUACAAGCUCCAAAAAUCACUGUUACCCAUGAAACAAAGCCAAAUAUUGAUAAACUUGCUACAAUUCAAUUAGAGUCCAAAACAACUGAUGUAUCAUUCAUAAAUCCAUCAUCAAAGACAAGAAUGUACAUCAAAGACCGUGAUGUUCAACUCAGAUACGAUAAUAAGCUUUCUCCUUAUUUAAUCAUCAAAUACCUUGACUCUGCGCAAGAACUAAACCUUCAUGCCGAACUCUACACCAACGAUAUGUUUGUAGAAUGUGAUGAAAUUUAUGAUCAUAUUUCUUUCGAUUGUAUCGUUAAUGGCAGCACGAUUCUUACUCUUGGAAGCAAUACGGCCAGAUUGUUCAAUGACAAAACGAUCAAAAUUGGUGAUGGCCACUUAAUUUUCAAAGAUUCCGAUUAUCAAGCGAAUUUAGUCUUUUUGGCCGACCAUCAUUCACUUAUUGAAUCUGGUGAGGAAGUUCACUUUAACGAUAUAAAGGUUUACAACCAUUCUCUUAACUUAGAUUCGCCAUUUGCUUCAUUAAUCAGUUGCGAAUCGAUAACAUUCGAAGGAACAUCAUCAAUAGAAGUCAAAUACCAAACACGUAUCGUUGGUGAUGAAAUGACUUUAAAGGGAGAAGUAAUUGCAAAUUCAAAUCAAACUUCUUUUGAAAACUUCAAGAGGAUCACUACUACAUCAGAAACAUCAGUAUUACCAGCAGUAGUAUCGCAUGAAUUACUGAUAGAUAUCCCGAUUUCUUUCAGUAAUUUGGGGCCAUAUCUAAAAUUUGGCAGAUUAAUGUCUUCAAACAUCACUCUUCGCCUUUCGCAUACAAGAGAAGAGUAUGAGAAUGAAUCUUGCUGGGAUGUUUUCGUGAAUAACCUCAUUCCUUUGGUUUAUGCAACAAAUCUUCAAGUUACUGAUCCGAAAUUCAUUGUUAUUAAGGAUUCAAUGGAUCCAUGGAAGAAUCCAUUCACAUUUUUCACCCAAGAACGCGUUGUUUUCCUUCAAAAAUACCAAAAUAACGCAUUAUGUUUCAAAAUGCUGGCAAAUCCUGCACAUACAUACAGGACAUAUGUUUAUUCUAACACUCCAAUACCUGCUGCCCAUGAUUUGGUCGUAUCUAAGUCGAAUCCGUGGUAUAAAGGUUCGAAUUUCAAUCCUUACACGGUUGGUGUCAGAUUUGUCGUCCACGAGUCAAUAAAUGAAGACGAUACCGUAGAUUUUUCAAAGGUUUCCGGUAACGGACAGAACAUUUCUGCAUUUUUCGUAAAAUCUGACUACGCCGGUGCCGAAAUCGAGCCAAAUGCAUCAGUUAAUGUUGAUACAUUGAAAGGCGUAUGCAACGAGCUUACUUUCGUUGAUGUUUUGGCGAAUUUCGUUUCAAAUAAUUUUACAAGUAUCGUAGAAAUUGAUAAGUUCACAGCAUUAGGUACUACAGACUUCACACAUAAAUUAUUCAAGGUCAUUUCUCCUUGUAUCGAAUUGCAAGAUACAGUUUUUGAAAAAUUCGAAAUUCAAGAAGGAGAUAAGAUCACUUAUAUACCAUCUGGUGUUGAUGUUUCAGUUGUAUUCAACCCAGAGGGCUGGAUUAUCACCAGUGUCCAUGAAAAUAUCAAUUGUUCAGUAAGAAGAAAUAUUGAUUUGACAAUUAAGAUGCAAGAAGGCCAAUCCAGGCUUAAUCUCGCAGUUUCACAAGGUGCACAGUCCAUCAGAACCAUGAAAGCUGCAUUUUAUGGCUACGGAUCCAUAAUUAUUUCAAAAGAUUUCGAAAAUUACAUGUCAAAUCCACCGAUCAUGGUAUCUUCAACCAACGACAACAUCUAUUUGGAGGUAUCAGGUUCAUAUGUCCCAGUAAUUUUCGGAAACCUCAAAAAAGUUGUUAUUAACUCAAAUGUCGAAGGAUUAGAGACAUCUUUCCCAGAUAACAGCUUCUUCAAUUCGAAAUCAUUGGAGUUCUCCAUUCCGGACACCUCUAGAAUCAAAUCCAUCAAUAUGGGAAACUUCAAAAUUAAUGAACCGCUUGAAGACGAUGAAUGUUUGAUCAUUUCGCAUCCAGUCAUCAAGUUUGAGUCAUUAAGAGUCGGAAUAUCCCGUUUCUGCGAACUUAAGAACGUAAUUUGUCAAAAUUUAAUUGUUGAUAUGACAGAAAAGGUCAAUCUCCGCAAUUCUAUUGUAGACAAAGUAACUGUUCAAGGAGAUGCAGGCGCAGAAUCAUUCCCAACUGUUUUACUGUUUAAUACAACAAUCAAGAGCUCAUUAAUUGAUAUUGCAAGGCGAAGUGUUGAGAAAUUGUUGGAUGAAUCGAGAAUGGUCUUUAAUUCAGACGGUUCUUUCGAUUUGAGAACAAUUUCAGACAAAUUAGAGAUUUCUGACAAAUACAUAUUUGUUUCAGGCAAAUCUUACUUCAUCACAACAAGUAUAUCCAAUGAUGCCUUGUUCAUCAAAUUCAAUGAAGUUCCUCGUCCUCCAACACCAAAACCAACUUCAUCAGAAACAAUCACUUCUGUUCCUCUCCCCACACAGACAGAGAUACCUGACGAAAGAGGAGGACUGAAUGUCGGUGCUGUAGUUGGAGGAACUGUCGGAAUUCUCGUGACAGUGAUUAUCAUCGUUGCUGUGGUUAUCUACUACAGAUCUGUGCCAAAACAGGAGUUGGACAGCGAAAUAUUGACUGUUUCUAAUGAUUACAUGCUGAAGGAUGGAAUGAACGUUUAG